GUUUUCUUGGACGGUGGUAGAUCGUAAUCAACUGCAUGCUGCCUCUUCGAUUUUUGUAAUCAUGAAUCAAUGUGGUUAUCAUCAGAGAAGGACAAGCUCCUUGAGAACAGAGUGAAGUGCCUGCUCGAGAACUCCAGUGAAUGGUACAGUUAUAUUUGUGAGACUUGAAAGAACUGUUCAGAAACAUGAGAAGAGCACCGAAAUUCUCUCAAAGGGAGCUGGACGAGGACUUUGAGAAGUUUCUCAAGGAGUCUUUGUCAGAUGACUCCAUGGACUCAGACAAGCUAAACAAAUAUUUUGCCAAGUCCAGACGGCAGGAGGAGGAGCAAAAGAAGAAAGAGUCACAGCCCUGGUGGAUGAGAGAACAAGAUGCGGCAGAUGAGGUUGAAGACAAGACUCCAACGGCAAGCAAAUGGUUAAAGCCUAAAAAACAGUCGACACCUGUUACGGACAAAGACGAACUGCCAGGAGAGGAGCUAAAAAAGUCCAAAUCGGGGCCCAGGAAAGCAGAUAGUUUGAAGAAGUCUCAUUAUGCUAAGGACAGCUUGGAAGAUUUAUCCAGUGUGGGUAAGAUGCAAGAUAAAUCAGAUAAGCCUAGAGAUCGAAGUGGAGUUCUUGCAUCGAAUGCCAGCUUUGAAGACACCCUUAGUUACACAGCCACAGAAACUGGCACCUCUGAGGGUCUCACACCCGCCUCCACUGGCCCUGGGUUGGAGACACUAGAGGAGCAAGAGGACAAGGAGCGCUUCUUCAAAGAGCUGGAGGCUAAGCGAGGAGGCAUCGUUGAUUACCACAAGCUGAUCAAGGAACCAGACAUGUCCAACACCAUGGGCAGUUGGCGCUCGGCUAACCUGUCCAAUACCAUGGGGAGCAUGCCAUCGGCUUACAUGGGCACUGCAGAUGAGCACAGUAGCCCUAUGCCUUUCAGGCAACUCCCUGGGAAGGAGGAUUCUAGUCAAGAUGACGAUCCCGCAGGCGGGCAACCAUCUUCCGCAACAGAGACCUCCCCAUCCCAACCAACCGUUCACCCCCGCGGUGCCGUGGCGUCGUCCAAGAAAGGCAUGCUGGCAAAGGUGGCCUUACUAGACACGGGCGAUUCCAUGUUAAACACUACUGGGCAGGUGGGGGAGGCCACUGCGAAGUUAGGAGGGGGUGACGCUCUGACGACCAGAGACAUGAGGACUGCCAGCACCAAGAAUCAAAUGUUGGAUAGUUCAUCAGGUUUGCUUGGAGCUGGGACAGCGACCGAAAUGGAAGCCUUGCAAGCCGCACUGAGGGAAGCGGCAAACACUCCUACCAUGGACUUCAGUCACACAGCCGAAGCCACUGAUGGGAAGACUGAUGAAGGUCGGUCCCGGACUGUUGACGAUAUCAUUCGGGAAGUUCAGGAGGAGAGGGGAAGAAUGUUUGAUAAUGUCGACGGCAUACCAAGUAGACUCGUGGACCGAAAUGAAAGUGAAAUGUCACAGUCGACCAAUAACAGAGAGCAUGCUGCAGCUGAUGAAACGGAUGAUCCUGGCGACAAGCAGUCUGGGUUACAAACAGGCAGUGAAAGCAAGGGUAUUGAUUUGCAACCAGUCAGUGAGAGCAGAGGAUUUGAUUUGCAGCCAGCCAAUGAGAGCACAGGGUUCAAUUUGCAGCCAGCCAAUGAGAGCACAGGGUUCAAUUUGCAGCUAGCCAAUGAGAGCAGAGGCUUUGAUUUGCAACCAACGAGUGAGAGCAGAGGCUUUGAUUUGCAACCAGCCAGUGAGAGCAGAGGCUUUGAUUUGCAGCCAGCCAAUGAGAGCAGAGGUUUCGAUCUGCAACCAGCCAAUCAGAAGUCCAGAGGAUUUGACUUACAACCAGCAACUUCACAAAACAGAGUGGCAUUUGAUUCCAAUGCACUUAGUGCCGAUGACGAGAAUUCCCAGAGAAGUCUAGCAAAACAACCAAAAAAAGCUGCUCCAAAGAAGGCUGGAAUCAAGCCUCCAAGUUCCCGGUACUCCCACAUUAGAGGCUCGGGGUAUGGUAAAUCGAAACCUGCAAAUGCGUGGUCACCAGCUGAUUCAGCAAAGCAAAAGAUCAAAGGGUCUGAGGUCCCAUCUCUUCAAGGUAAACCCAAGAAGGCACAUGGGAACCUCAUUGCAUCUGUAGAGUCCUUUGCUCACUACAUUCAGGAACAUUUUGUGGAUGCGGGCAAGCCAUCAACACCACAGGAGAGACCAAUUCAGCCAAGGAAGUCCGUAGAGGAGCCGUUGCUCUCUGCCAGCUUGCGCGAGUCCCGCCUUGAGCUCAUUUCCCGUGAGAGGGCACUGGUCAGCGAGGUGUCAGAGUGGCAGGCACGAUGGAAAGAAGAGCACACACUCAAUGCCAAGCUCAAGGCAGAGGUGGCUGCUCAGCAGAGGGAGGCAGCACGGAAGGAGGAAGAGCAGAAGUUGAAUCACCAGAGGGAGUUGUUCAAAAUCAAACAGGAUAACACUGUGCUGCAGGCAAAGUUGAACAUACAGGAUGAGCAACAAGGUGGGAAGAGGCAAGCGGUCUCGGGUCGGACCAUUGAGGGCGCCAGUCAGGAGGAGAUCAAGCUCAUGCAGAAAGAAAUUGUCGAGCAGGAGACACUACUUCAGGGUUACCAGCAAGAGAAUGAGAGAUUGUAUAACGAGGUACGGAAGCUGCAGAAAUCCAGCUCGGAAGGUGAAGAGAGGCUGAUGAAGGACAACCUGAGACUGCAGACGGAGGUGGCUAACCUCAGGGAGGUUUUGGAACAGAAAGAGGCGGCACUUCGCCACAAGGGCCUAAUCACCGGAACCAAGGUCCAACAGGAGAUAGCUGCUGGUAAUAACACGGCUGUGCUUGGGGCUGGGAGGAUUGCUGAGCUACAAGUGGAAUUACGUGAAGCAGAGAUGCGGGAGGUGGCCUUGAAGCAGCAACUUCGACAGGCUGAGGAGGCCAACAAGGAGCUCAAGGAGCACAUAGAGACCCUGGUCAGAGAGAAGAGCCAUGCCCAGGUGAAGCUACAGGACCUCAGGGACGUUAAACAGAGACAGUUUCAGGAUAUGCAGCAGCAAUACCAGCGUGAUAUAGACACACUCAACAAGAAGAUCCGAUGGUACGCAGAGAACCAAGAAAUGCUGGACAAGGACGCCAUUGCUCUACGAGAGAAAAAUGAGGAGAUCAAACGUCUCAAGGAAACCUUGGAGAAAGUCAACAAGCAGACCAACCAGAAGACCACUGAGGCCCAGCGGCGAGCCAAGGAGAGAGCAGCUGAUGCCAAGAGGAUCCAAGAUCUUGAGAGACAGGUGCGAGAAAUGAACGACAUCAUCAGGAGGCGCCAUCCAAACUCCCUCCCGGCCUUGAUCUACGCAGCCGCUUCAGCACAGCCAGGCUCCGGCCAAGAUGGCUCCCAGGAUCCUACCCUUGCCCCGCCUAAAUCGCACACCGUGGCUUUCCUGGAGGAGAAGGUCAAGAAGAUGGAGGCGGAGCUGGACGAGAAAGAGGUGGAGACCAAGAUGUUUGCCAGGGUCUUGGAGCAGAAAUUUAAUGCCAUGAGGUUUCAAUACGAAGACAGACUUCAAGCUCUUGAAAAACAACUCAAGGCCAGCGAAGACAGCCAGCGAGAAGCAACUGCCAAGAACAAGACCCACUCGCAUGCCCUGCCCCCAGAGAGGGACCUACGGGGCACCCUGGAGGUGUACCAGAAGAAGAUGGAGGAGAUGAAGGCAGAGAAUGAGGAUUUGAGGAGGCGGCUCACCAAGGCGAGCAAGGUGGCUUGGAUGGAUGAGCCACAGCAGGGAGAAGAGGGCAGAGAGAAGGAGCUGGAUGAAGAGUCCUUGCAGACGAAACUGACCAGUCUCGCAAAAGAGUUAAGCAACAAAGACCAUGAGAUAGAGAUGCUGAAGGCAACAUGUGAGAGACUUAUGCAGGAGCGAUUCCAGGCUCUGUCAGCAGGGGAAUCUAACCAGGCCAGAGACAAGCCUCAGCCAGUCAAGAAAACCAAGAGAACUAAGUCGUCAUCAUCUGGGCCGUCAGGAGAGAAGCGGUACCAGCCAGAGAACUUCAGUGGGACCCACAUCUCAGACGUGUUGACGGAAAAUGAGCGACUGAAGGAACAGCUUGAGCAGCUCUCCCUGGAAAUGGAACAGCAGAGGGUGAGCCUCCAGGCCUUGCUGGCACAGAGCGAGGGCACUGUUCGCCGUACUAAGGAAGAGGCUGCCGAGCAGCUGGCCAGGGCAAAAGCUGAACACACCGCUGAGACGGAGAGGCUCGUCGCUGAAAGGGCACUGCAGCAUGCGGACAGCAGGCGCGCUAAGCUAGUCAGCCAGAUUGACGCACAGCAGGUGAUGAUAAAGCAUCUACAAGAGCAGCUAUUGCAGGCAAGGGUGGACACAGACUCCCUGGCAGCAGCCAGAGUACGUGAGCAAGUGCUCAAGACCCAGGUGGAACAGCUUAACGAGGAUCUACGGGAAGCCAAGAAAACCCACAGUCCUGAAAUGCGUCACUUUGAGGCACUUCAAGCCAAGAUUGCAUCCAUGGAAGCCAAGCAUGCGCAGAGAGAACAGGAGCUCCAGCAGCUCGUGACCAGAGCCAGGUACUCGGCUUCCUAUGAGAAAGACCAGGAGAUAGCCGGGUACCAGCAGUCCCUGGCUGCCAAGAACCGGGAGCUGCAGCAGUUCCGGCAGGAGCUGGACGCUAUCCUGGAGGUCCUGAGAGAGCUGCAGCGCCAGGGCGUGGUGCUGCCACUGCACUCUCGCGCUGUGCAGUCCCUGUUGAACUGAGAUGGGAACCACACCCAAAACUACGCCAACCUGACAGGACCCGAAACCACUUUGGGUUCACUUUGGGGCCUUUUUUUCACCCUUCCUUCAGCUUCUUGCGAGUGCCUUGUUCAUUUUGAUAUGAACUUUACAUUGUAAUAGUACUUAAUUGGUUUCAGGGUAAUAUUUUGUCGUCUUGCGUAAAUGUGGGCUUUUUUAGAUUCAAUUUAUUUUUGAAAAGAGGAAUUAUAUGAGUCUAAUUUGCAGUGCCACCGAUUAGAAAAAAUUGGCUCCAGGAACCUCUCCACAAUUUAGCGGGUAAUAGCAGGUUUUCAGCGCAGCAGUUGCCACCAGUCCAGUCGGUGCAGCUGGAGUCAAUGCCAUUUUCCCCCAAGACCCCAAGAAUACCGAUAUAUAGAAAAUGGUAUGCGUGGAAUGGCGGUCAACCGUACUGGGUCAGUGAAUGUUUUCCGAAUAUGACUGGAUUACAACAGUGACUGCACAGAUGUCCUUUUAUGAAAAUGAACAAGGGUCGUUUCUCAAAAUUACGAUAACUUGUUUCUUCAAACGCACCCUUUGGCGCACAAAACUCAGGGAAAUGUGUUGCAAAAUAUGUUUAAGGACUAUUCCAGUAAGAUUUUUAAAAUAUCGCGCCUUUGUAGAAAUGUUUUCUUGUAGAGAAGUUUGCAUGUAUGUUUUAUCAAUAGUAGUGGUCCCCUGGUAUGGUACCCUGUACAUGAAGUCAUAUAUGCUGGAGGAUUUAUGAAAGAACUAUUGUAUAUGUUAUGUUCUAGUGCCUUUAGUGUGAAUACCUAUAAUACUAUUACUAUUGAUAACGGAAACAUUUGUAGCAUGGUUUACUCAUGCAUCCCUGAAAAGAAAAGUAAUAAAAUAUAUUGGCAAAUGUAA